ACGCAGACGCCUGGAAACCGCGGCAGUGGCCUCUGAUUGGCUGGCGGCAAUGACGGCGGAGGGGGGAGGAGGAGUUUCCCGCCAGCUGCUGCUUACCAGGUUUCCCGCGAAAGUUGAAAGCGAGGAUUGCCGGGAGAGUGCUGAGGACGUCUCCGCCUUCCAUCUGGGAUCAUGCCUGCCGAGAAGAAACUGAUGCGCUACGGACACCCCGAGGGCCACACCGAUGUCAGCUUCGAUGAUAGUGGAAGUUGUAUAGUGACUUGCGGCAGUGAUGGCGACAUUCGUAUCUGGGAGGAUCUUGAUGACGAUGACCUGAAGUCCUUCAAUGUUGGAGAAAAGGCCUACUCCUUCGCUUUAAAAAACGGGAAGGUGGUCACUGCCGCCUCCAACAACGCAAUACAGCUUCAUACAUUUCCCAGCGGGGACCCGGACGGAAUACUGACGCGUUUCACCACCAACGCCAAUCAUGUCGUUUUUAACAGCGAUGGGACAAGAAUCGCAGCGGGCUCCGGUGAUUUCUUGGUGAAGGUGGUGCAGGUGGAGGACAGCAGCGUGCAGAAGACGUUACGCGGACACGAGGCGCCGGUGCUGAGUGUUUCUUUCGACCCCAAAGAAGAUUAUUUGGCCUCCGCCAGCUGCGACGGGUCGGUGAGAAUCUGGAAAAUUGAUGAUCAGGUUUGUGAAGCCAGCCUCCCUCUGCUGAAAAAAUGCAGCGAUGUGAUCAACGCCAAAUCCAUCUGCAGAUUAUCUUGGCAGCCCCGGAGCGGGAAGUUGCUUGCGAUCCCGGUGGAGAACGCCGUUCACUUUUAUGAGCGGGGAACUUGGAAGAGCAGCUUCUCCUUGUCUGAUAAUUUUAUUACUCAGCCUGUGAAUGUGGUCACCUGGUCUCCCUGUGGACAGUACAUCAUUGCGGGAAGCAUUGACGGCUGUAUGGUGGCCUGGAACGUGGGUACCAGAGCUUGUUUGGAAAGGGUCAAGCAUGAGAAGGGCUUCACCAUCUGCGCUCUGGCCUGGCACCCUAAACUGGCACAGGUUGCCUACACUGAUAACGAGGGAAAUCUGGGAAUGCUGGAGAAUGUCUGCCAAGACGCUGCAAAGUCCACCGGUAAGAAGACCUCCUCUGCCGCCACCAAGGAUUACGAUGCGUUGUUUGAUGAGGAUGGCGACGAUGAAGACUUCCUGAACACGGACAUGAUCGGUAACGAGGACGAUGAUGAUAACUUUGUCCCCAUAUCGGGCCGGCCCAGAACCCGCGCCAUCCUGGACGACGAUGACAAUUCUUUAGAUGUCCCGUCUCUAAAGUCCGCCGUUGUGGAGAAGCCCGGCGGGGCCGAUGAGGAUGACCGGUCCACCAUCGCAGAUCCAGUUCCAUCUUUCCCUUCGAAGCCGGUUUAUAGCGGGCCGAUGCCAACGCCACCGCAGAAACCCUUCCAGCCGGGCUCUACCCCGACCCACCUCAUGCACCGCUUCAUGAUGUGGAAUUCCAUCGGAGUGAUUCGCUGUUAUAAUGACGAUCAGGACAACGCCAUCGACGUGGAAUUUCACGACACCUCCAUACACCACGCCAUGCACCUCACCAACACCCUGAACCACACCAUAGCAGACAUGUCCCAGGAGGCCGUGCUCCUAGCGUGUGGGGGCACCGAGGAGCUGGCAAGCAAACUCCAGUGCCUGCACUUCAGCUCCUGGGACAACAGUAAGGAUUGGAUGGUGGACAUGCCCAAAGGAGAAGACCUGCAGGCCGUGUGUCUGGGCCUGGGAUGGGUGGCCUGCGCUACCAGCGCCCUGCUGCUCCGGAUCUUCAGUGUGGGCGGAGUUCAGAAGGAGAUCCUCAGCCUUCCGGGGCCCGUGGUGUGCAUGGCGGGACACGGCGAGCAGCUCAUCCUGGUCUACCAUAGAGGUACGGGGUUUGAUGGAGAGCAGUGUCUGGGGGUGCAGCUCCUGGAGCUGGGGAAGAAGAGGAGGCAGGUCCUGCAUGGCGACCCUCUACCCCUGUCCAGGAAAAGUUACCUGUCCUGGCUCGGCUUCAGUGCAGAAGGGAGUCCGUGUUCUGUGGAUUCGGAGGGGGUGGUGCGGCUGCUGAACAGAGGAUUGGGGGACACCUGGACGCCGGUGUGUAACACCCGAGAACACUGCAAAGGAAAGUCCGAUCAUUACUGGGUGGUGGGUCUGCAUGAGAACCCGCAGCAGCUCAGGUGCGUUCCGUGCAAAGGUUCCAGAUUCCCCCCCACCCUCCCCCGUCCCGCCAUGGCUAUUCUACCCUUCCAGCUUCCGUAUUGUCAGAUCACCACAGAGAAGGGGCAGAUGGAGGAACAAUACUGGAGGUCACAAAUCUUCACCAAUUACUUUGACCAUCUGUCUCGGAGUGGAUACGAAUGGGAUGAGAACGCCAAGAUGGAGGUCCAGAAGGAGCAGCAGGAACUCUUAAUGAAGAUGUUUGCGCUCUCCUGCAAACUGGAGCGUGAAUUCCGCUGCAUGGAGCUGGCGGAGUCCAUGACUCACAACGUGAUGAGCCUCGCCAUUAAGUACGCCUCGCGCUCCAAGAGACUAAUCCUAGCCCAGCGGCUCAGCGAGUUCGCCCUGGAGAAGGCGGCCGAGCUGGCGUCUGCACAGGAGGAGGAAGAAGAGGAGGAGGAGGAGGAAGACUUCCGGAGCAAGCUGAAUGCCGGAUACAGCCGGACGGCCACAGAAUGGGGCAACUCACGUGCCAAACAACCGGAAGAAGUGCGAGACGCGGAGAUGGAGGGCGAGGAGGGAGAGGAGGAGGAAGUGGAGGCGGAGGAGGAAACCCCCGAGCCCCCCAGACUGGGCAGAGCAGCUUUGAAUCCUUUUAACAAAAACGUUGCCUCCCCGGAGCAGCCAACCGCCAAAUCCGGUGCGAUUGUAUCCAGCAAUCAAGGCAGAGUGAACCCCUUCAAGGUAUCGGCCAGUCAGAAAAGCCCGGCGUUGGCAGGAAACUCGUCUCGCAUUCUGGAUAAUAUGAGUAAAUUCAGUAAGAAGCCCCCGGCCGCCUCCUCCAGCCCCGCCUCCUCCUCCUCCUCCGGGAAGACAGACUCGGUGGUGAUCAAGCCUCUGGCUCCGAGGACUAAAUCCAAGCAGGGUCAGGCUACGUUAUUCCAAAGCAUCCAAACCAAAUCCACGCCGAAGAAUUCUCCCGCUAAUGUGAGACCCGCCCACAUCUCUUCUCCGGCCGCAACUCCAGAGAACAAAGAAGUCAAAAAACCCAGGACCGGCUUCCAGCUGUGGCUGGAUGAGAAUCGGCAGAGUAUUACAUCGGAGAAUGCUGAGCUGGAGGAAUCGGACAUCAUUAAGGAAGGCAUGAGCCGCUUCCGGGCCCUGACCAAUGAGGAGAGGAUGAUUUGGACGGAGAAGGCCAAAGGAGACGAUUCCGGAGACUCAAAGAAGAGGAAGCGAAUGGCGCAGGAGAACCAGGAAUCGGCGGAAGGCCCAAAAGAAGAGAUCCAAGACUCCGGGGCUUCUAAAAAGCGCAAACCUCUCGACCAAUCCACAAACAAGAAACUGUCCGCCUUCGCCUUCAACAAGGAUUGAGGGAGCCGAUGCAGAAAGACCGGUCCGGGCGCUCGGCAAGGACCGGACUGGCCCCUCCCCCUAAUGCUGCUCGAUCCUGACGGCUCAGUCACAGGUGUGUCGUUCAUAUCGGAUGCAGCCUUCUGGAUGAUUUAUACCGAUCGUUCGCUGGAGAAGCCCUCAGUUAAGAGGCUCGAUCGCUCAUAAUAAACGUUAUCAAAUCUCUAUUCCAUUUGCAUGAAGCGGGGGAGGGGUCAGGGCCGAAGUAUAUUUUGGAGGUUUUUAACCUUUUUGCUCGCCUGAAAUUGUUCUGAUAAAAGCUGCAUUCAGAGUCAGAUUUACACGAUCGUUCUUUAGAGGUUGAUCGUUAUGCGGAAUGUUGUAGUUCAUAGCAACCCAAUUUUACUGUAGCAGGAAAAAUAUCCCAUGGGCCGCACAUUAAAGCAAACGCGCUGUGAUAGAGCCUCAGCCAGGCCACACUCCCAACAUAUUAAGCUCCACCCCUCAGGACUUAAUCAUGGAGCGCAACGCGUUGAGGGUGGAGCCCAAGCUGAGGCUCCCAUAUACUCAUUGUGGGUUUGCUGGCUGGGCUCCAGCCAGGCCACUCCCCUAACACAUUUCCCACACCCCUCGGGGCCUAAUCAUGCGGAUUAAGCUCUGAGGGGGGCGAAGUGAAACACGCUGAAGGUGUAGCCUGGCUGGAGCUACAGCAUGCAGUGGGUUUGCUGGCUGUGCUCCAGCCAAGCCACUCCCCCCAACACGUUUCCCUCCACCCCUCAGAGCUUAAUCAUGAGGAUUAAGCUCUCCAAAAGGCGGAAUUAAAGGGCGUGGCCUAGCCGUAGCUGAGGCUGCCACAUACAGCCGGUUUGCUGUCUGUGCUCCAGCCAGGCCACUCCCCCCAACAUGUUUCCCUCCACCCCUCAGAGCUUAAUCAUGGGGAUUAGGCUCAGAGGGGUAGAACCACAC